GCUGUGCUCAUGGCCAUGGAUGGCCAAAUUGCCCAGUCCUCCCUUCCCCACUCCAACUAGCCUUUUCCUUUUUUUGUUUUGGUUCCCUUUUGCUUUGCUUUUGUCAGGGUUCCACAAAUCAAUCCAUCAUCUCCCUCUCUUCUCCUUCACUUUCUUUCUUCCUUGUAUUAUACUCUGUUUAAUGCAAGUUGAAACUAGUGGUUACAGAGUUCCCCCACAAUGGACUAAAAGUCGAUGUUUGGAUAUGAUCGGAUCGUAUAUCAAAAUAUAUGUUCACUCGAUUCUAAUUCUCAAUUUUCUUUAGAUAUAGUUAGGCAUCAUUUCUUUAAAAUAGUUGAACAAAAAAGGUUGAUUGAAAUUAGACAUAAUUGAACUGAAACCAAUGUUAUUUUGGUUCGAUCCAUAUUCAUUUUUGUUCCAUUCGUAAACCGAGAGUUAAUGAUAUGGGUCAAAUUGUUAUUUGGUUACUGUGAUGGAUUGUCAGCCCUCUUUAGUUAAGACCUGUAGUAAAGCCCAUGGAUACAAAGUGGCAAAACCCAUUUAGAUGGGUUAGUGAAAUCAGUUUGGGCCGGUCUGUUAAAAUAAUUGUUUGGGCCGGGCUAUUUGGAAAGUUGGUGCAUGAUGUAAACGUGCCAAAGUCCCCAACGCCCUUUUCGGCAAAAAAAGAAACGCGUUUCUUUUUCAGCGACUUCACUAACCAGUAUAACCACACCGCCAUUUUCCCACUUGCGAAAAUAAACUGACCCCGCCGUUCACUCGAGCUCCAAAGAAAGAACAGCAUGCGCGCUCUAAUGGCGGCCAUUUCUCCAAUCGCCUCCGCGCCUCUUCCUUCCCUAUCUCUCUCCUCCUCUUCUUAUCCUUCUGAUUCACCUUCACCAGCUUUCCUGGUCUUCAAACCUGCUUAUCCGUUCCUCUCAACAUCAUUCAACAACAACUCCGUCCCUCGCCGGGAGAAUUUCCUAGCCGCCGCAGCCGCAAACGCCGAUGCUGCCGCUCUAUCCUCUUCCAGCUCCCCGCCGCCGUCUCCGGCUCCGAGAUCCAAGGUGCGGCGGCACACGAUCUCCGUCUUCGUCGGCGAUGAGAGCGGGAUGAUUAAUAGGAUUGCCGGAGUUUUCGCCAGGAGAGGUUACAACAUUGAGUCGCUUGCCGUUGGUUUGAACAAGGACAAGGCGCUCUUCACCAUUGUCGUUUCCGGAACGGAGAGGGUGCUGCAGCAGGUCGUGGAGCAGCUUCAGAAGCUCGUCAAUGUCUUGAAGGUUGAAGAUCUCUCCAGUGAGCCUCAGGUUGAGCGCGAACUGAUGCUUAUAAAAGUGAACGCUGAAACUGAGCACCGUGCUGAGAUCAAGUGGUUGGUGGACAUCUUUAGGGCGAAAAUCGUUGAUAUCUCAGAGCAGUCAGUCACAAUUGAGGUGACUGGAGACCCAGGGAAAAUGGUUGCUGUGCAGAGAAAUCUAAGCAAGUUUGGAAUCAAAGAAAUUGCUAGAACUGGCAAGAUUGCAUUGAGAAGAGAAAAAAUGGGUGCCACUGCUCCCUUUUGGCGAUUCUCUGCCUCUUCGUAUCCUGAUCUCGGAGAGAAUGGGGCUGACAAUGGAUUCUCAGCGGUUACAAGUAGAGCAGUCAUCACUGAAGCUGAUACGACUGCAGGGGGAGAUGUUUAUCCUGUGGAGCAGUCUGAUGGCUUUCCAGUUCAUCGAGUUCUUGAUGCACACUGGGGUGUCCUCAAUGAGGAAGAUACAAGUGGUCUUCGAUCACAUACUUUGUCCAUGCUUGUAAAUGAUGUCCCUGGAGUUCUCAACCUUGUUACUGGAGUUUUUUCUCGACGAGGUUAUAAUAUUCAGAGUUUAGCCGUUGGGCAUUCUGAGAAGGAGGGCCUCUCGCGUAUUACAACUGUCGUACCUGCUACAGAUGAAUCGGUCAGUAAGUUGGUGCAGCAACUGUAUAAGCUAGUAGACCUUCAUGAGGUUCACGAUCUUACCUCCUCGCCAUUCGCUGAACGUGAACUAAUGUUGAUCAAGAUUGCAGUGAACGCUGCCGCUCGCCGCGACGUCCUUGAUAUUGCCACCAUUUUCAGGGCAAAAGCAGUUGAUGUCUCUGACCACACCAUAACCCUCGAGCUUACGGGAGAUCUGGACAAGAUGGUUGCUCUGCAGAGAUUGUUGGAACCCUUUGGCAUAUGCGAGGUUGCACGAACUGGAAGAAUAGCUCUCGUUCGCGAAUCAGGCGUGGAUUCCAAAUAUCUCCGCGGAUACUCUUAUCCUAUAUAGUUAAUUCACAGGCGUCAGUUGUACGCAGCGAUCGUGAAGAAAGCAGUCUAACAGCAUGUUUCAGUGAGGAAAGAGUGAAGCCUCCACUGGGGGAUGGUUCGGUCACUGAUUGUAUUCUGUGCCAUUGCUGUGCUAUACUACGUCAUGUUCUGUAGUUUGAGACCAGCUACGUCAUGUUCUGUGCCAUAGCUUUCCUUUUCGUUACCAGUCCCCAUUUUGGUUGUGAUAGCAAUUCGUAACGCAGCUAGCUAUUAUUUUAAUUGGGGUUGACCCAAAUUAUGAUCAUAUAAUCAAUGAUUAUAUGACAUGUGGUUUCAGAAUUAACAUUCUAGUCUCAACUUUGUAGUAUAUAGACUCAAUUGACCCGAUACAUUGAUUGGUUGUUAGUCAACACACCAUGUCAUUUUCUCGUUAGCCUAAAAAUCAGUAAAAAAUACAUAUUCAAAUUAUUUUUCUAAUUUCUAGUAUUUAUUAUUUUCAAAUUAACCAAAAAAUCCAAAAAAUUAAUAAAAUAAGCAAAUUCAAAUUAUUUUUCUAAUUUCUAUUAUUUAUCAUUUUCAAAUUAACCAAAAAAUAGAAUUUAAAAAACUUAAAAUGAUUUGAUAAUUUUUGGUUUCUAAGUUGAUAUUUAUUGAAUUAAUAUUGUUUGUGGUGUUUUUAGAAGUUCUAGAUACCAAAAUGUAAUUAAAAGUAAGAAAAAAAAAUCGAAAGGCCAUUUUCCAUAGAUUUUGAAGGCUGCAGAUCACGGAGUCAGCCUGAAGCUAUUCCCCAGGGAUGAAUAAGUCUAUUAAACACCGAUUCGGGCGGAAUACUUCAGUGGCCAUUUUUGGCAGAUUCCAAAGGGGUACCAUCAUCGAUUUCGAUCGAUUUCUGGAAUGGCCAUUUUUCAUAGAUUUUGAUGGCUGCAGAUCACGAAUUCAGCCUGAGGCUAUUCCCCAGGGAUGAAUAAGUCUAUUAAACACCGAUUCGGGCGGAAUACUUCAGUGGCCAUUUUUGGCAGAUUCCAAAGGGGUACCAUCACAGAUUUCGGGCGAUUUCUGGAAUGGCCAUUUUCCAUAUAUUUUGAAGGCUGCAGAUCACGGAUUCAGCCUGAGGCUAUUCCCCAGGGAUGAAUAAGUCUAUUAAACACCGAUUCGGGCGGAAUACUUCAGGGGCUAUUUUUGGCAGAUUCCAAAGGGGUACCAUCACAGAUUUCGGGCGAUUUCUGGAAUGGCCAUUUUCCAUAGAUUUUGAAGUCUGCAGAUCACGGAGUUAGCCUGAAGCUAUUCCCCAGGGAUGAAUAAGUCUAUUAAACACCAAUUCUGGCGGAAUACUUCAGUGGCCAUUUUUGGCAGAUUCCAAAGGGGUACCAUCACCGAUUUCGAUCGAUUUCUGGAAUGGCCAUUUUCCAUAGAUUUUGAAGGCUGCAGAUCACGGAGUCAGCCUGAAGCUAUUCCCCAGGGAUGAAUAAGUCUAUUAAACAUCGAUUCGGGCGGAAUACUUCAGUGGCCAUUUUUGGCAGAUUCCAAAGGGGUACCAUCAUCGAUUUCGAUCGAUUUCUGGAAUGGCCAUUUUUCAUAGAUUUUGAUGGCUGCAGAUCACGAAUUCAGCCUGAGACUAUUCCCCAGGGAUGAAUAAGUCUAUUAAACAACGAUUCGGGCGGAAUACUUCAGGGGCUAUUUUUGGCAGAUUCCAAAGGGGUACCAUCACAGAUUUCGGGCGAUUUCUGGAAUGGCCAUUUUCCAUAGAUUUUGAAGGCUGCAGAUCACGGAGUUAGCCUGAAGCUAUUCCCCAGGGAUGAAUAAGACUAUUAAACACCA